CGUUGGAAACGGUCGUGCGCGCGGAUCUUUUUGUUUGGUCGGUCGAUCGUGUCGUGUGGCGCGCGAUAAUUGUUUUUGUUUACAAAAGCGAUCGAAGGCAUUUCUUUUCACAGCAGUUUCGGCGUGCGGCGCGGCUUUUCGCACGUGCCGCGCAAUUAUCGUCGGGUUAGCGCCAUUAAGUCCUUAUUAGGGUUAUGACCUAUGUGACCAAGAAUUUUCUUGGGAGAAAGCCAAGUAGAGCUCCAUGAUGGCGACGAUCAUCCAAGUUAACCGUUUCAAGUUUGAAGAAGUGAAGUUCAGUGACGGGAACAGGUGCCACAGCAGCGAAGAAAUGUUCUACGAUUCAUGAAUCGCUGGAAGUUAUUUGUGAAUAUCAGUUAAUCUCAUGAAAAAUUCAAAACCCUUCAUCUUCUGUCGCAAAGUAGGCUGUGUAUCUUGCUCGAUUUUUGCAAAAUUGCCAUGGCAGCCGAUGAUGACGAGAGGGAGGAAAUCGCUGUCGGCCUACUCCGUUUUCGUCGCGGUCGUCUCCGUUCGCUCGUGUCCAAUUGAAAACACAUGUUCUGGACCCGUCAGAGCGCAAACAGAGAGGCGCACAUAAAAGUGAGAAUAACCGGUGCGCGACACGGUCUGUGCGCCGCUGUCCGUGGGUAAAUAUAAAUAUAAACCAGAGUCGUCUAUAGUUUUGUCCCUCCGCAUCGUGGCUUCCCCCUGUCCGGGAACGGCCUAUCUGCAUACGUACCUAACGCGCUCGGGGUUGUUCAAUAGGUCUACGUAGGUAGUGCUUCUGCAAGUGCAUUUGAGUAAACGUGUGAACGCCCUUUUGGCUCAACUACUGAAUCAGAAGCGUGAAGGGGGCUGGAAUCGUUCAACGGGGGCGCAGUGCGCUUCGGAUAGAAGUUUGCAUCGGGGGAUAUUGCAGUUCGUAAGAUAGGGAUAAUAUGCAAAAAAUGAUCUACCAAAGGACUUCGAAGGCCGUCAAACAGGACAAGACUAAACGAAAUGAGUAAGUAUUCGUCGCAUCAAAACCAGAGGAGGAAAAGCGCGCCACUUUUUUCCGUGGCGCCUACUUGGAUCAUGAUUGCUCGCUGGGAAGGCCCGGAAGCAGUGUCGGAUUCAACCGAAGGAUUCUUCUACGGUGUGGAUCAUCAAGGUGUUCUAAGCGGGAAGCGAACGGAUAUCUUCAAGGAAAUUCCAUGGAAUCAAUGUUCGCAAACUCGACUUAAUCCAAUGAUGCAAUAUUCCCGCGAGCAAUCCUGAAUUUCCCCAAGCCCAGAAUCCCAUUGAACCCACCGCGUCGUGAUUCGAUUCGCCAAUUUUCCUCCGACUGAGAGUGAGAACUUGGUCCACAGGGCGCAUGAGCAGUGAGCGGAAUCGGACCAGCUGUAAUGGCCCCACGUCCCCCUACCGCCACCGCUUCCGUUGCACAGCUGAUCGGAAGCGCUGGUAUCGUACGUCUUACCAGCUGCUAAGCGAGAAGAAGCUGGUUAAUGUUUUGUUUUCGUUCCGUCGGAUCUGUUUGGAGUUUGGGGAAGAUUAGGGGUUUGGGAUUGGACGGAGGGGGUUCACUCUGGGAACCGUUGUUGGGUGGCACGUGAGUUCCUACCUUUGGUUCUGACGACGACGAUGGUGGCGCCUAGCGAGCUCAGUUCACAUGCAACCGUCGUCCGAAGCGGAAGGAUCUACCAAUAUCGGGAACUACCGGAAGUCGUGCGUUUGUGCUUGUUCUUGGCUUGGCACUUACAUCUAUCGUGUGAAGUGGAGUUUGUUCUUCUUUCGUUUUAGUUAGUUCGUUCGUUGCUCGAGGGUAGUAGCUUUAAAGAGUCGGACGUAGUUUCGCGAGCCGGUUUCGGGUUUCCUGGAGGGACGCGGGGAAGGGACACAUUCCCAAGUGUGUGCCGCCGUAAGGCUCCCGUCGCCGCUGGAUUCCGUAUGAGUGGGAAAUGGCCAGGGCCGGUGGGGAGACAACAAUAGCAAUGAAGUUUCAGUGAGUCCUGUCCGGUCUCGGAUCCGUAUGUGUAUGUGAUGGAGUGUGUUUUAGUGCUGUUUUUCUGGCCAUCGUGUUUCGGGGGCUAAGGUAGACACCGACGACGACGUGCGAAAGAUAAGCCAAGGAGCAAAAAGGAUAAUUUACAUAGCCUUCCCCGGCAGUUGUCGGUUGGUUGAUGUGUGAGUGGUCUCCCUUCCGUUCGAUGGUCCAGCAGCUGGGGACCUCGGAAGGGAGGAUGUCCGAGGAUGACGGGGGAAAACGUGUACAUAGGGCAAUAUCUCGAUACGUCUCGGUGGCAGAUGGAAGACGGAAGAGCGCCGUAGUGUUGCUGUGGAUGAUCGAUAGUUCGAUGAAAGGCAGACGCGUAGAACAUUGAGACGGAAAUUGGGUGGCACUGUUGCCAAGGAGAACGUUGCUCCCAGAAUCGAAAUCCUUUCCCUCGCAGACCAUAAGGACAUAGUCGACAGGAGUGGAUCUUAGCCUACCUAAGAGAAGUGCGUAGGCAGCAUAAUGAGUCCGAUGCUGGCCUUUGGUGGACACGACUCCCCAUUAGGAUCGCCAUCAACACCAUUAUCACCAUCACAGAAGCGCGCGCGUUUUUCUGUUUCAACAAACGACGCUAAAUGAGGACUACGACGACAACGAUGAUGCUGAUGAUGGCCGGGAGCGGUGACGUUCCUCCCCGAUGGUGCAGAAAUUGACCGCAACGGCAACAAAUCGCAAGCCGGACUCGGGGUGUGUGUGGAAGAAGUCGCGGUGGGAUUUUUCGGUGCGAGUGUUCCUAAAAAUAGAACCAAACAACGCGGACAAUAGGCGUCGGUCGUGGCGAACGAGUGGAUUUUCGUCGAUUUAUGACGUCGGUUCGUCGUCGUUGCCGUCGUCGUGGGGCUAUGGACGGGUGAAUCUGCGAUUGCAAUCAAUUCCCAUCAUCUCGCCGCCGCCGAACCACCGAAGGAGAAGAUUGGCAAAAGUGAUUUCAAACGGCAGUUGUUCCGGGGGGACGGAGCUGGUGGUUGGGGUGGAUUCUGGGGAUUGGGGUUCGGUAAGGAUUGCUCUUGGGAACGUUUGCCUGGGCUUGGAUUGAGCGGUGACCAGAGGAGGAAGCAGAGAGAGAGCAGCAGCGCCUUUAAAAACGUAUCCUACUUGGCGUCGUCCUGCUGACCAUUAUUGGUGGAAGGUGAAAUCGGGGGGAUGUUUUGCGAUCUGGACGAUGGGCUGAACACAACGACGCAGAAAUUGGGAUUUGGACAACGUUGUCGUUGUGAGGACCCGGUUUAGUGGAGAUUCGAUGGGAAAGAUGAAACAAGGAAGAAGAUAGCCGGUCAAAGCGCAAUUUUGGGAUUAGUGAGUUUGAUGUCAAUGCUGUUUGGAACAUCUCAUCCGCUUAAUUCGGCGGAUCCUUAUGUGUGCUCAAAUAUAAAAACUAUGUGAAGAAAAUCGACUUAUCAUGAGUUCGGAAAAGUUCCAUCGCAAAAAAGGGUCAUCGCUAUGAAAUAUGAAUGACCGGGAAAAUUGAUUAACCUAACGUGAGGCCGUGGCCAUUCAAUCGAUCGAUCCGGGAAAAACCCGGUCAGUGUUGUAUAUGUUUACGCUUCGAAUUUGGGUCGCUCUCAAAGCAAAAGAAGAAGAAAAAAAAGGUGUGUUAAUGAUAAUUGAAUCGUGUUUGUUGUGCGGAAGCAGACGCAACCGACGCCAGCUGAAGCUCACGACGGUACAUAAUUUAGUGGGGAAGUGUUGAAAAAUUCAUCGUGAUCGCUAUCAAAAGGACGACAACCGUGUAAAAUUGUGCGGGUAAUGGUGAAGAGGAGUUUUCGGCGCGGAGUGUAGUCAAAUUGCUCAAUUUUCUGUGUAGUAUUAGGCAGGGCUUUGUGAUUGUGAUAUUUGGUACUCGACGAAGAAGACGACGAAGAAAGGAAGCAAAUUGCAGCAAUCCAGGCGAUGAUGAGGGGGUCGUCCGGUGGCAGGCCUUCUGAAGAAAAUGUGCUCCGGUAGUUUGCUACAGUUAUGGUGAUGCAGACGACAAACAUUUUGGAGCAGCAGCAGCAAGGCCAACCUCCACCAGCAUUGCCAGAAGCCAAAAGAAUCGACCUACCGACCGUAGCCCGAAGAGUCAUCACAAUCCGACACCGUAGAACCAACAGCCGCAGUAGAUUCGUUGGCCGCAACAGCCUCAGUUGCCGCCACCGCCUGGCCCUCCCCAGAGGGCAAUGGAACGGCCCGAGCGGCGGCCAGAGGAACCCAGGGUGUAGCCGCCUCCUAACCGACGAGGAGGGAGGAGCAUCGCCGUCACCUAAGCCGUCGUCCCACCCCGGGAACCGGCUAGGGGGGAACCGCGAUCCGCACUGUUCCCUCUCGGCACUAUGCACCGCCUGCGAAACACCUUCACUAGGUCACGGACCCCCACCGGUGCGGAGAUGAAAACACAGAGCAGUCUCGAAGUACCCAAACAGGUUCGUUCAGCAUCCUUCGACGAAAUCCAGCUAGAAGCCCAGCGUGCCAAUCAGUUCCUCAAGGUUCACCAAGCAUCAUCAACCGACGAGCCGUCAUCCGGUGGUUCACUUCUACAGGUACCCCAAGUUACAGGGCGUUCCCGUAGUUUCGACCUUGCCGGAGGCAGCGAAGACUCCCAAGCGGCCGUUGCUGCCGCUUUCCUAGAUGUGCCAAAGCGCUUCCAACGGCGAAAGUCCAGCUCGAAAACUCCUCCACCCUGCAUUCACUGUCUCUACCUGGAGGAGUACCGAAAGCUGACCGGAGUCGACCAGCGCCAGUACUACGACAAUACCGAAUACCAAACGCUCAGCUACAGUUCAUCGUCCUCCAGCAGUGACGCAGAGGACUCCUACGAAGACGAGGAAGAAGGCAACGACGACGAAGACGAAGGCUACGGGUUCCAAUUUGAUCUGACAUGCAAUACCUUACUGCCACCGCCUAUCUCCCCUUGUGGGAUCACCUUUACCCUAUCGCCCACCAAUGGAGAUGACCCCGAAGACUACGGAGACGUGCUGGCAGUGGACAGUGGUCCAGUCCUGCCGCCGCCUCCGAUGUUCGGCAAUGACUAUCACCCGCCUUUUCCAACUCUUCCGAUCGGUUCACCACCGAUCACCCCGUCAGGACCCGUAUUCCCUCCGUCCCCGACGAUCGAAGUGCCUCCCUGUUCCCCAGCAGUAGACGAACCCAGUGGGCCACCGACACGCACCCGAAGGCGUUCAAUCUCCCGCCAGGAAGCGAUCUUUGUCGAACCCACCGGCAACUCGCUGGAGAACGUCUCCUGUGCUGAACCUCAACACCAAGACAUCAACAUCAUCGUCCCGAGUGCGGACGGCGAUGACCACAACGAACCGGAAUGCUACAACGACAAUCUACUAGAACAAUCUGUAGUGGUGGCGCUGGCGCCUCCACCACCUCCAUCAACGACCUCACAGCUCUCAGCGGCAGCCGACUUCGUGCGGGACAUCUACCUUCAGGUGCCGGAUCUCAAACGGGACCGAGCAGCCUCGGUGGAUUCCUGCUUCACCAAAGUGACCGGGUCCAAAACCGAAGAGCUGAAACCUCCGGAAGGGGAGAUGACGCUGCUAACCGUGAACAGCAGUGGCGCAAUCCGAUCCCGAUCGGUGGACAUUGUGCUUCCGACCGAGGAGCAGGCCCGCUACAAGGCCUUGGCGCUUGCAGGAACGGUUGCCGCGACCGGCGCCGUCGGGAUAGCCGCGAGAGGGAAACCCAGCGCCGAUACCCACGGGAGACAGAUUCGGUGCACGCCGGAUUGGAGCGAAAAUGCCGUUUCCGGGGAUCAUCUGUGGGUGCCGACUUCGGUAUCCGGUGACUGUUGCUACGUGGGCGACAACGACUGCUCGAAACACGGUCCCCGGAUGAAGUGCUCGGCGUGCAAAAUCAUCGCCCACGCCAGCUGCAUCUCGGUGCUGAUGGAGCGAACUCAGCUGCAGUGCAAACCGACCUUCCGAGACGUCGGCGUAAGACAGUACCGGGAGCAGACCAAGACGACCCACCACUGGAUCCACCGGCGAACCGAGAAGGGAAAGUGCAAACAGUGCGGGAAGUCACUCCAAGCGAAGCUCUCGUUUAGUUCUAAGGAAAUUGUUGCUUUAUCAUGUGCCUGGUGUAAAUCAUCAUAUCAUAACAAGGAAGCGUGCUUCAACCCGGAGCGGAUCGGCGAGGAAUGUACGCUGGGUGCCCAUCGGAGCAUCGUGGUGCCACCGUCCUGGAUCGUGAAGCUGCCACGGAAGGGCAGUUUCAAGUCGUCGCUGCGGAAAACACCACAGAAGAAGAAGAAGGCCGGCAAGAAGAGCACGGCUCCGAAGGAACCGCGUACGUUUGUGAUCAAACCGAUUCCGACGGCCAAUAUCACGCCGGUGCUGGUGUUCAUCAAUCCGAAAUCCGGCGGCAAUCAGGGUGCCAAACUUCUCCAAAAGUUCCAGUGGUUGCUGAAUCCGCGGCAAGUUUUCGAUCUGACGCAAGGUGGACCAAAAAUGGGGCUGGAAAUGUUUCGCAAGGUUCCGCAGUUGCGGGUGUUGGCCUGCGGUGGCGACGGCACCGUCGGAUGGGUCCUCUCGGUUCUGGAUCAGAUCAAUUUUGUGCCUCCGCCGGCCGUCGGCGUCCUGCCACUGGGAACGGGAAACGAUCUGGCCCGGGCACUCGGCUGGGGUGGGGGCUACACGGAUGAACCGAUUGGGAAGAUUCUGGGCAACAUCGGAAACUCCGACACGGUUCUGCUGGAUCGGUGGAACUUGAAGGUGGAGCCGAAUACUGCGGUGGCAAAUGCCGAGGACGGAAAGGACAAUCUUCCGUUGAACGUGGUCAACAACUAUUUUUCACUGGGAGUCGAUGCCCACAUAGCGCUGGAAUUCCACGAGGCGCGAGAGGCUCAUCCGGAGAAGUUCAACUCGCGUCUGCGGAACAAGAUGUUCUACGGACAGGCCGGCGGGAAGGAUCUGCUCAAGCGGAAGUGGAAGGGUUUGGCCGAGUUUGUGACCCUGGAGUGCGACGGCAAAGAUCUGACGUCCAAGCUGAAGGAGCACAAGGUGCAUGCAAUAGUAUUUCUCAACAUUCCAAGCUACGGAGGUGGAACCCAUCCGUGGAACAAGUCCGGUGGACAAUUCGAACCGGCAACCGAUGACGGCAUGAUCGAGGUCGUCGGCUUGACUACCUAUCAGCUCCCGCUGCUGCAGGCCGGUGGCCACGGGACCUGUAUAGCGCAGUGCAAGUCCGCCAAGAUCGUCACCUCCAAAACCAUCCCGAUGCAGGUGGACGGCGAAGCUUGUAAGCUGAAGCCGUCCACCAUCGAACUGACCCUGCUGAACAAGGCUGUGAUGCUGGCAAAACGGAAGCCCGGAAGGGCCAAUGUGCCACAAGAAAAACUCGAAUCUCUCAACCUACCGCUGAUGAAAAUCAUGAUGUCCGACUACGAGCAGCACCACUACGACAAGGAUCUGCUGAAGAACUCGGCCGUCAACCUGGGCACGCUGGAUGUGCCCGUCACCGAUCUCGAACAGGUUCGAGUCCUCGUGAACAAGCACUGCGAAGAGCAGCCGGAUAGUCCCAAGCUGUCGCCGGAUUGGUGCUUCAUCGAUUCCUGCACAGCGGAGCGGUUCUUCCGGGUGGACCGAGCGCAGGAGAACCUCCAUUUCAUCACCGACAUCGCCACCGAUUGCAUCUUCGUGCUGGAUCAGGAGUGUCCCACGUUGCCGCAGACGCCGGAAGACGAGAGCGGAGGUAACCUGCAGAAGGAAGGAUCGGCCCUGCCGGCGCAUCUCACCAGCAGCGUAGAGUCCAGCGAUCGGGAGUCUCGCGACGGAACGCCGCAAUCGCCCGGGUUAAAGUUUUUCAACCGGUCGCUCUCGGGACCGGGGUCGGGCAGCGCUUCGGACACGCUGUCGCCGGCCCUUGACAUUCCGUCGAGAAAGAGUUCUCAAGGCUCUCAGGGUUCGCAUGGCUCUCAUGGAUCUCAGGACAGCCCUCGGAACAACCUUAGCGUUGGAGGUCCGGACAGCCACAGUGGAGGAACUCUCGGCAACGGCCAGAGCCUAGACCAGCUGGUCAACUUUAGAAGCUUCCACGAGCGAUUGUUCGGGUUGAAUGAGGACGCCUUCGGAUUCAGCAAUCUACUGGAGAAGACAACCGACGCGGUAAUUAAGGCGGCCAAAACGGGCGAUUUGGUGAUGCUGAAGGACCUCCACAUGCAGGGCUACUCGCUGCUGUCGAUCGAUUCCAGCGGCCAGACGGCGCUGCACUACGCGGCCCGGUACGGCCACAAGGACAUCGUCCGGUAUCUGAUUUCCUACGCGCCGAACAGCAUCGUCAACAUGAUCGACAACGAAACCGGCCAAACGGCUCUCCACAAGGCGGCCAGCGCUAAGCGGCGCAGCAUCUGCUACAUGCUGGUGGCGGCCGGCGCCAGUCUCAUCAUCCAGGACAACAACGGCCGGACGGCUCGCCUCCUGGCCAUCGAAGCGGAGGACCGCGAGCUGGCAUCCUACCUGGAAAAUCAAGAACAGUUCCAGCUCUCAGAUUACCACGUGAGCGCGUGAAACAGAUUCGCCGCCGCCAUUAGCCAUCGUCGUUCGCAAGCCGCUGCCAGUUGCCGUCAGUGUUCCUUUUCUUAGCGGGGGAUGGCAAGGAGGAGGGGGGACCAGAGGAUGAUCCAGCAAUCAAAUCUGCGAAAACAAAAGACAAACUCCAAUCAAACACCGACUGAGAACAUCGACAUCCAACAUGCGCCUCUUCGUGAAAAUGGGGUUCUGGAGACUGUGAAGGGCAUUUUCCGCCUCGAGGAAAAUGCGAAAAUUUAUUCUGGCAAGGCACCGGAGAAGAGGGGGAACCGCGGCCAAAUACGAAGGAGUAACCCGCCGCAAGUGAUCGUUCAUUGUUAUUUAUUAAUUAGCAUCUUUAUCUUAUACUCUUACUGAGGAGCAAAGGCACCACCACUUCCUAUUUAGCCGUUUAGAAGAGGAAAUACGGGAAAUUUUCAAAAGGGGUGGGAUUUAUCCAACUAUUUAUGAAGGAGUUUAAGUUUUCACGAUGUUUCGGGAUUUAUCUAACAUGUAAGAAGUAUGAGUUACAUAGUUUAGCAUUCGCGGAGCGCCUAAAUCAUCGACACUACACACUACUACACUGAGAAAAAAAAAAAAACAAAUUGUUAUAGACUUACUAUUUGCUACUAAGGAAAAGAGAAACGAAGAAAAAAAAACUAUAAACUGAAAUACUGCGAGGAAAUAAAAAAAAAAAUUCCUUCUUGUUACGGAUUUACAAAACGAAAGACGGACGGUAGGAAGUUCUAAUUUAUUGCACGCAAUCUACGGCCUCGGAAAGCGAGGCCAUAUUUCUCUAGUCAUUGAAAAACUGAAGUAUUUUAUUUCGCGCGCGCGCGGAUAAGUGAUGGGUUACAUUAAUCACCGCAACACCUACACACCACUUUUAGGCACUCACAAUUGAAUAAUUGGAAGUCUGGAAUAUUGGAGGGGGAAAUGGUAGGCACUAGACUAGUACAGUGAGUGGGGGGUGGGUAAGUCGCAGCUGUGACGAAUUCAAAUUAAGACGAGCCGUUGACGCUCGAUAGGCCUUUCCCGACAAAUCUAACUUUCUUUGAAUAGAAACUUUCGAUCAUAUUACUUUUACCAUUUCGGUCGAUUUGUUAAAAAAAAUGACAUUUUGGACAUCCCUUCGGGACAUUUAGGACAUCUAGGGGUGGUCAAAACGUUUAUUUUUUUUUAAUAAAACACAAAAAUGAGAUGAGUAUGCAAACUACAACGUUUUCGACAUUUAAAAUACAUGUUAAAUUAGCCGGGAAAGGUCUAUUGAGCGUCAGAUUGAGAGAUUGGGAGCUAAGCGGGCUCCAAAUAGACAAAGAGCAGAAUCGUAACGAAUGAAAUGAUUGAUGUUCAAGUGGUAGACAGACGACGAGACGAGAGUUUCGAAAAACACAAAGGCAAAUAAUGGCUGCGACACACGAGAGAUCGAUUGGGCGGUGGCUGAUUUAUGGAACCGGCGUAGAAAUUGACUCG